GAACUUACAAGCCUUAAUAUUUAGAUAUCGAUUAAAAACAAUUUCAACUUUGCUCCAUUGAUCAGACAAAAACAAAAUUAAUCAAGAAAAAAUCACAUUGCAAAAGCUUAACUCAAAAUAGUUGCUCCGAUUUUUUUUUAUUUCACACAUUGUUCUCGUUCCUAUGGCAAUACUUUACGUACAAGUGCUCGAAGAUUGGCUUGUCCUAACAGACGUGCCGCGAGCACUGCUUUUGAGUGCUGGUUAUUUUUUGUAACCUUUUUUCUUAACAAUUUUUAAUUGUACAUCAAACUAGAGGGACAAAAUUACUUUUCUUUGUUACAAAAAACUGAGCCCCGGAUCAUCAAGGUAGCAAGGAAAACUUGCUUUCAAACACGUUCAUUCUCGCACAGUGCUAUAGCAUCGGGCAAUCUUUGGCACCUCGCUCACCUAUUUUAUAGGUUGGGUAUAUCUCGGAGAGGAGAAAGUAUGAAACAAUAAUCUGUAAAAGAGAAAGAAUCGAAGAUCUUGCAGUCGAGUGAAGAUGUCAGCAUUUCUUUACGAGGAACAUCACAGCCGGAAAUUUGUAUAAACUGUAUUUUGCAUUAUAUCGGUACUUUAAUGGCUCGUGGACAACAAAAGAUUCAAUCACAAGCUAAAGCAGCAGAAAAAGCUGCAAAAGUAAAAAAGCAACAAGGACACAGUGCCAAUGAACAAAAAAAGGCUGCACAGAAAGCUCUAGUACAUGUGUGCGUAGUAUGUAAGGCCCAAAUGCCAGAUCCAAAGACGUAUAAGCAACAUUUUGAGAAUAAACAUCCCAAGAACGAGUUGCCAGAUGAUUUAAAAAAUAUAUGAGGGUGCGAUCUUUUGUAUAAUUGCAGAGCUGAGAUGCAGCAAAAAAAGAAAUGACUACAAAUGACAAAGUGAUAUACUUCAAUGUUCAACCGAUCAUUAAAUAGUCUUAAUUCAAAAAAUAAAUGAAAUCUUGUUAGUGUUUAAAGUGAACUAUUGCACAGUUAAGAAAUGAAUUUUUGUGCACAGCCCCGAAUUAUUCUAACAUUAUUGAUGGUUCGCUUACAAAAUCAAAUAUCCAUUUCUUCCAAAGAUAUUCAGCAUUCAUCAUCUAAUAUGUGAUUCUUAAGUUUUUCACUUAAGCAUAAAAGCAAUGGAGUAUGUAUAUUGCUAAGAAAUAAAAAUAAUGAAUUUAGCAGAAUUGUUCCAAGUAUUUGUACGUAUUUUGAUGUUAUAGGCAGUAAAACAGUAUUUAUUCUUCUGUUAUUAGAAAAAUGAUUAAUUCAAUGUAGAUAUUAUAUGUAUAACGCAUGGAAAUCGCACGAUUCUCGAGAAUUUAAAAAAUUACAAGAAAAAGAUGAAAAUGAUAUUUUACGAGAAUUGAGAAACUGCCAUUUUAUAGCAUCUACCAUUUACUUAUUAAAAAUAUUCUAUGAUUAAAAUGUAUCACGCUAUGAUCUAUUAUUUUUUUAUGUAUUUGAGCCUCAUUUUAACUGAAAUGAAAUAGUUCGUUAUUUUGAAAUACGUUAUAUUAAUGUAAAACUUAAUAGAUAUUUGUUUUUGACAAAAUUACAAUUAGCUUUCAGUACUUAAACCCUUUGCUAUUUUAUACUGAGAAUAAUUGAUGCAGUGAACUGUUUUGUGUAAAUUAAUUUUACAAAGUAUAGUGUACUACAUUGUACAUUUGUCUCUAUGCGUUAACAAAAAUGUGUACCACUUAUUACAGAAUCUGUUAUUCUCGGUAAUUGAUAGACUCAUUGUACUUCAAAAUACAUACAUAUGCUUUAAUACGCCAAGUGCAUAGAAAUUUAAAUAUACUGAAGAUAUGUUAAUAGUGUUCAGUGCUAACGUGGUUUGUGGGAAUUCCUAGCAUGUGUUUAACUUAGAAAUAAGUAUGCGCAUUAUGUAAUUUAUUCUGAUAAAAUAAUUAUACAAUUUUUCACAACAA